AAUACAAAAAGAACAUAUUUACAAAGCAGGAAAGAAAAAAAUUAGUGUUUAAAGGACAUUAUGUAUCUUGAUUUGUUUCUGGCAGCCAAAAUGAUCCCCUCCCCACCCCCAUACACAGGACAAAGUUGUAAAGCUGAGCCCUUCAGAGCGUGGGCAUCGCCUUGCACACCAGGACCUUGAGUUCAUUAGGUGUAUUGUCUGCCAGUAAUAGCUUAGACUUCAACAAAUACUGUAGAUUGAAAAGCUUUAUGCAGAAUUUUGAUCAACUAGAAGCCAUUAAACAAAAGGCAAAAUAGCCUUUAAGGAAGUAAUUAAGUCUGAGUAGCCUAACUAUUUGAUAGGGCGAGUAGUAGUAUAGGAAAGGCACAUAAAUUAGGAAGACUUCGGGCAUCAACGCCACAGUAAGAAAUACUAACGCCAUGAAUAUGUAGGCUGUAAUGGCUUACUUGUUUUUAUAUGCGGUGAUUGCUUUCAAUUUUUAUCAAAUUAUAUAGUUUUUAGUAAAAUUUGACGUUACAUGUUUGUUUUCUAGGAUUCAUCUAAUCGAUGAGUUUAACACCGAUAUGGAUAUCUUUGUAUUUUUGCUGUCAACAAAAGCUGGUGGAUUGGGAAUAAAUCUGACUUCCGCAAAUGUUGUUAUACUUCAUGACAUUGAUUGCAAUCCUUACAAUGACAAACAAGCAGAGGAUAGAUGCCACAGAGUAGGCCAAACUAAAGAAGUACUAGUUAUAAAAUUAAUAAGUCAAGGGACAAUUGAGGAAUCCAUGCUAAAAAUUAACCAGCAAAAAUUGAAACUUGAACAAGAUAUGACCACAGUAGAUGAAGGUGAUGAAGGGAGUAUGCCAGCAGAUAUAGCCACAUUACUAAAGACAUCAAUGGGCCUGUGAAUUACAACUACCGAUGCCUAUUUGAUAAGGAAAUAUCAACUUGGUGCCCUCAAGGACAUUUACAUUAUGAUGACCAUGGGGUUUAUGAACAUUUAUACCUUUUUAUAGUUUCCAUAUUGCAUUUCUCAUAGUAUGGACAACUUUCUUGCCACUAACAACUCUCCAGAUGCUCACACAUGAGAUUUCGUAAAAAGCCACAAAUAUGUAGUCCUGAAGAUGUGGAAGAAUCAUUUUACAAAGCAGUUUUCUGAAUGGGGAUUAGUUGGUGAUUGUUUGUAACAAAUAUGCUAAUGCUUUAGAAAUGUCAGUAUUUUUGUAAUUAUUUCUACCUCCAAAUAUAUAUAUAUUGUCUUUCACUGGAUAAUGUGUGUAGAUUUUUACAUGUGCCUUAUUUGACAAUGCUUAUGUCUUGUUUUUGCUUGUGUCAUUUGAGGUCUUGUUUUAUUAUGUUAGUUUAAAGAACACAGCUGUAUAGAUGAUACCGCUUUCAUUUUGUUGCUAUUUGAAGCAGAUGUUCACCAAUGUCAGCAAGAACUCAACCUGAAUUUCAACGUGGCAUUCCAUACACUAGCAUCCCCCAGGUCCUCUCAAAUACGUCGGUUCAGACAGAUUUGUUUGGUUAAGGCACUAAGUUGUUUUCUGGUGAAUAGUAACUAAAGCCCUCCUCUUGUUCCGUGAAUUAAUUCUUUCUGUUUGUUUCCCUCCUGCACUAAUGGUGCUUCUUAACCUGCCUCUUCUUGUGCAUGUUUUCAUUGAUUUCCCUCUCCUGGCUUUUGCUUCUCUUAAAAACUGUUGCCCAGUCACUUCUGCUCCAGUUCUCUUCCUCUCUGAACACUGGCUCCUUCCUGCCACAUCCCCACACAUCAACGAAAUGUUGGUGACAUUUUUCUGUCUUGGCAGAACAAACUAACUUUAAAGCUAUUUCACUUCAAAGCAAACUGGAUGUGACAUCAUGUUAAGGCAGCAUUAGGAACUGCAUGGAAAUAGGUUAUAUUACCUUAAACUCUUAUCAAAAUAUAAUUUACCAGUUUCCAGAAUUUUAACUACAGGACCGCCUGAAGAGAGAGCCAUUGUUUAAUUCCAAUUCAGUGUGGGUGACAUAGUGAAAUUUAGAAGUAAAGUUGUCUAUUUGAUACUUAACUUUUUAUUAAAAUCUUUCUUUAAAAAUUUGCCUGUCGGGGCUAUAAUGCUGUUUUAUUAUACAUUCUUUGUAUAACUUGUGAGUUUCAUGUGUUUUGUUUUUAUUAUGUAAAUAUUGUUAUAAAUAAACUUAUUUAUAAAUCAGAGACUUGUUAAUUAUUGGAGACCAUACUUUCCAAGGCAUCCUAACUUGCUAAGAUGCUAGGUAGUAGAACUCUCUGGACUUAGAACAUGAAUAAAACUCUUAAAGUGGUCCUUCAGCUAUUACAAGCUCUUACAAGCUCGUGACUCAGUAUACUUCCCAAACUUCAAGUUAUGUUGAACACACUGAAUAUGUCUCAGUGUCAUAGGGCUAAAAGAAAUUUGAAAAUGUUAAUACUACCUCUUCUUGCAUCACCGUACCUGUGUCCCUUAGUCAAAUUGUUAAAUAUUACCUUUUAAAAAUCAGACAAUAGAUUCCUCAUAAUUUUUCUGUAUUUCUGUGUUUUCAUUGGUAGACUGAUUCUUUUGUUGUUGUUGUUGCUACAUCUGCAAUUUUAUUUCAAAUGAAAUGUAGUUGGCUUCUCCCUGUAAUGCUCUAUUGUGUCUUAGGCUUAAUAAAAAUAUUUGUGAUUAUAAGUUGUAUUUUCACAAACAGUUUGCAACCCUCUGUCACCUUACCCUUGAAAUAUAUAAUAUUGAGCACAAAUGCUAUCGUCUUAUGUGCUUAAUAUUAUCUGUUGAUCAAUAAAUCGGGAUUUAUCAAG